AUGGCCGAGGUUGAGCAUGGUCCUGACCUCGCUCAGGACCGCCGUGAUCACCGCAGCAGACUACAUUUCCCAGUUCAAACAGGCCUAUCCCGAAAUUUGGUCGUUAUUUGUGUACCUUCUCGUCCUGUACGUGAGUGCCAAACUGGUACUCAGAAUGGCCAGGAUGAUCUACAGAACGAUCGUCAACACAAUCAAGCUGGUGGUCUUUCUUGCCGCUGUUGCCGUGGCUAUCCAACUAUGGAACAACAAGCCCGAACUGGCGGAACUGCUGCCCCAGAUCCGGUACACUCUGAUACAGCUGUACCAUCUGCUGAAGAUGAUUGUCACGUUUGUGGCAGGAACGCUGGCCAAAUUCAAUUGGAGGAACCUCUCAAGGGUGGACCUCGACCGCCUCCUGGACUCUCUGAAGGCCACGCGGGGCCAAUUCGAGACUCUGUUCCAGCUAAGACUCAACUGAGCCACAUACGCGCGGGUGUGGCUGGUGUAAUUUUAAUUAGUUAG